GGGGUCACACCUGUAUUUUCCAAUUAAUGCGCAUACAAAGAUAAGAUGUUAGCUGUGCAAAGGUCAACUCGUUUCCUUGUUUCCAGUGGACUUCCAGCCUGGAGGAGCUUUCACCAGCGCUCAAAUGAGGUGCUGAUAGCGAGUGCAGUGAGGACUCCUGUUGGUAGCUUUAGAGGCAAACUCUCUUCCCUCCCUGCAACCAGACUGGGAUCCAUUGCCAUACAAGAGGCAAUCAAUAGAGCUGGAAUAACACCUGAAGAUGUCCAAGAGGUCUAUAUGGGCUCUGUACUCACAGCAGGGCAGGGCCAGGCUCCAGCUCGUCAGGCCACACUGGGGGCUGGGCUCCCAAUCUCAACUCCAUGCACAACAGUGAACAAGGUAUGCGCCUCCGGAACUAAGUCAAUAAUGAUGGCAGCCCAAGCACUCGCCUGUGGCAGCCAGGACUGCAUGAUAGCAGGUGGAAUGGAGUCUAUGAGUAACGUCCCGUAUUACGUACCAAAGGGACGACCUGGUUUUGGAUACGGGCACCAAACGGUUGAGGACGGGAUCAUAAAGGACGGACUAUGGGACGUUUAUAAUCAGUUUCACAUGGGAAUGUGUGCCGAAGACACUGCAGAGAAGUAUGAGAUUGGUAGACUCGAGCAGGAUGAGUAUGCCAUGAGGUCGUACAGACUAGCAGCCCAAGCCUCCGAGACCGGACUGCUAGCAAAGGAGAUAGUGCCUGUCUCGAUACCUCAGAAGAAAGGAAAACCUGAUCUGGUUGUUGAGCAUGACGAAGAGUAUCUUAAAGCCAACUUUGAGAAAUUUCCAAGUCUUAAUCCGGCCUUUAAGAAGGAGUCUGAUGGCGGUACAGUGACAGCUGCUAAUGCCUCGACACUUAAUGAUGGAGGAGGGGCCUGUGUACUUGUGUCAGAGUCAUUUGCUUCCUCAAAAGGUAUCCAGCCUCUUGCUAGGAUCGUUGGGUUUGGAGACGCUGCCGUGUCUCCUAUAGACUUUCCUACUGCACCAGCAGCUGCCAUUCCUAAAGUCCUUGCGUCUUGUGGGCUCACUACAAAUGAUAUCAGUCUAUUUGAGAUCAACGAGGCAUUCUCUGUUGUCGUCCUAGCGAAUAUAAAGAUACUUGAUCUUGAUCCUGAUCGUGUUAACGUGCACGGAGGUGCUGUGUCGCUGGGUCAUCCGAUUGGAAUGAGUGGUACACGAAUUGUUGCACAUCUCGUCCACAAUCUACAGAAAGGAGAGAAAGGGAUGGCGGCCAUUUGUAAUGGAGGAGGAGGAGCAGCGGCCAUUGUUGUGGAAAAACUUUAAUAUUAAACUUACUUGUUGUGUAUAUUCAUUGUAGCUCAAUAGCAAUUACUGUUUCACCUUUACUAGUAAAAAUAAUUAUUACUUUAAACUGAAAUCUAAUACAAUCUCCUAA